AUGGCGUAUGUUUACUACCCCGCAGUCAGCGUUUUGCCUGUCGCCAGCGCAGCGCCCGUCUACCCCGCGACGACGUAUGUUUCCACGGGCUACUACGUGCCGGCAGCAGCACCCAUGUACUACUACUGCUACCAACUUCCGUGUUGCAAAUGCUCCCGCGUCGCGCGUGCGGAGGCGAACCGUCGAGGAGCUGACGAGGCGCGCGAGCGAGGGCGCGAGAGAAGAAGUCGCCGACACACCAGUGCAAGAGACGCAGAGCCGCGUGCGUACUCCAUCUCGUGCGACGGUGUGAUGAAACCCGAAAAGAGCAGGCGCGUUGUCUCCGUGUCCCCCGUGCGGGAGAGCCGCACGGACGAAAAAGCAGCCUUCAAAGAGGUGGAAAGUGACGGCGACGGCGACUGGGUCAUGGAAGGAAAAGUCAAACUGCACGGAACAGUAGACAUGUAG